AUGUCUCAGCACAAUGCUGUGCUGGAUGCUUUCAAGAAAUUUGAUACUGAUGGGAACGGCUCCAUCAGCAGGGAAGAAUUGGUGGCAGUCUUGAAGACCCUAGAUUCCGAAGGUUGGGAUGACAAUUCAGUGGACCAUCUGCUGGCAAGCGCCGAUGCCGAUGGUGACGGAGCCCUACAAAUCGAGGAAUUUGUGCGCUGGGUUUUCGCCGAAGAUGCCAGCAAGUUCGGUACCUCGUCCCUUGGAAACAGCUCUCUGACGAUUCUGAUCGAUGGCUGCUCGCGUGAUGACCUCAGUGGUGAGUAUGUGCAGCAAGAUGAAUUUUAUGGCCACCGCCCAGUAUUUUUCAAUGCUGACAAGGGCAAGUAUUUGUUCUACAACCUGAAGCAAGCUCGUUGGCAGAUCUUUGUUCGGACCAGUUGGAAGUCGAGCGCACGGCUUCCUACCAACAGGGCUCCGCACCUUUCUGGUGACGUUUGGCAUGUCUACACAGAGGGCAAGUUUGUGCAAGAACCUGAUAUGUCAGUCAAAUUGGCACCGCCUGGGACGCCUGACGAGAAGUGCGCCAAAGCUGCCGGGGCCAUUUAUGUUUCAUCGAAGUGGAGCAAUGUCACGGGCGGUUACAUGAAAACUGACACGAUUUGUAAUGACCGACCGGUCUAUCACAAUGAGGAGGAUGGGACCUGGUUGGCCUAUGAUGAGGAGAAAGCAAAGUGGAUGGUGACAACUAAAGUGGGAAAACAUGGCCCAAAAAAUAAAAUGGUCUCCUCUCUAAAGACUGAUGUUUUCUCGCCCGAGUUGACCGAGUGGCAUGGCCCAACCACUGCUAUCAAGGUUGAUCCGAGACGCAAGGAGCAUCCCGGUCAACAAGGCGGUUGGAUUGAUGAGUCUUUCCCACACAGCCAGAGCAGCCUUGGGAACAAGAAGGACUGUGCCUGGGUGCGUGUCCAGGAUCUCGCAGACCCUCCGGCGCUGUUCUCCAGUGUGGAGCCAGCGGAUGCGUGUCAGGGAGCCCUUGGUGAUUGUUGGCUCAUUGCAGCUCUUGCUGGAGUGGCGGAGUUUCCAAAUUUCAUCCGGGACCACCUCUUCGAGACAAAGGAACUUACGGAUGAUGGCUACCAUAUCAAGCUCUAUGAUUGGCCUCGCGAGCAAUGGACGGUGGUGAAGAUUGAUGACUACAUCCCUUGCCAACCCCGGAAGUGGUACGAACCAAAGGCCGUAACACUCUUUGCCAAGGUCUCCAAUAAGCAGCUUUACGUGGUGUUGAUGGAGAAAGCGUUUGCAAAACUCAUCGGUUCCUACCAGGCUCUUUCGGGUGGCUGGUCUGCCAUGGCCUGGGUGUGCAUGACGGGUGAGACCAACCUGAUGUUUUUCUCCCGAGAGAGGCACCAGCCCAAGUGGGACGUCAUCGGCUCCAAGGGCUUGGUCGUCCGAAGCGGGUGCGACCUGGACACCGAGAAGCUGGGCCGCCUGAGCCAUGGAGCCACCUUCGUGGAGCUCGAAAAGUUUGGUUAUCGGGUCCACUUCAAGAAGCUCUCGGGUGAGGGUCCUGACGAGGGCUGGCUCUCUUGUUACAUCCGUGGCUACGAAGUUGCCAAGUGUCGCGACCCGAUUGACUGGAUCCAGCGAAAAGUGGUCCUCCCCUCCAGCAUCAGCUUCAACAUGUCAAGUCCCAGCAAAGUUGCCAAGCUCGACCAGGACAGCAUGUGGGACGCGUUGGUGAAGUUUGACCGAUCCAAUUACCUCAUGGCUGCUUCUAUCCACUCGGGCAAAAGCGGGGAACACCGGCGUGAAGAUGGCUUAGUGGAAGGACAUGCCUACUCAAUCAUCCAUGCCGUGGAACGCCGAGGGUUGAAAUUGGUCUGCUGCAGGAACCCAUGGGGCAACAAGAUGGAGUGGAACGGACCAUGGUGCGACCAGAGUGAGGAAUGGAGCGCCCAUCCCGAACUAGCAGAAGAGCUUGGGGUAGAUCAAAAGGCAGAUGGACUCUUUUGGAUGGACUGGGAAAGCUUUGCGCAGACUUUCACUCACUUUGAGGUUUGUCCCAAGUCCAUGCCAGUUGAGAGGGCCAAGUUUGACGACUAG